AUGUCAAACGACACAGAAACGGCUUUACGUCGAUCCAAGAUACUCGAUCUGGCAAAGAGUCAUUCGACGCUUCUUAUCGCCAAUGUUCAUGAGAUCCAGAAAUUUAUGUCAAGUCUAGAAGCAAAGUCGAAACCUAUAUCCUCAUCUGGACUACCGACUUUUCUAAAAGCCUUACAGCGAGAGAACUGCGCAUUAUGCAAGCUCAUCGAGGAAUUUUCAUCAGACCCAAACUAUGACACUCAACAGCUCAUGGUCCGAGAACGAAAGCUUGAUGCCAGUGUCACAUUCGCAAUUCAAAGCAUUGCCCAAUGGAAACGACUCAAGAAAAGCCAUGGCUUUGUUGCCAUCAACCAAUCGUUCCAAGGCUCAACAAAAGAUGCACGGAGGCAAGAAAUUGAGAAACGGCAGGUUUCAGGGAAAGACAAACACAACAUGCAUCGUCUACUAAAAGAGCAGGGCCGUGUUGAAGUCGAUGUCGUUGAAGGAGGACGAGAAUGGAUCACCGUCAAGGCCAUCUCUCGCGACCGACUUGCUCGUCAGAUGAACGACUGUGGCUGGGGAUGGGGUGAACAUGAACUUGGUGAUCAGGUUGGUCGAGAUGAGUGGGAAGACACGCCGUUGGCAAAAUAUGUGCAGCGACUAGUGACAGCUGCGAGAAUGAACCGUCACGAAUAUCGGUUUCCUCGAAUACACCUUAUUCUUGCUAGUCUAAGUCAAGGCGAAGAAGAACUGGACAUUCUCCUCCAUCAGCUAAAACAUAUCGAUCCUCUUGUCGAAGUCAUAAUCGAAGACCAAGACAGCGAUUUUGUCACUGCCCCCAGUCCACCACUCGAUAUAGCCAUUGAGAACCUCAUUGGUGAUGAACUGGCAUCACUUACAUCCACGAUCAAUCUUGAUCACACUAUCCUCAUCGACCUAAUCUCGGAUUUGACACAUCUAGAUCUUGAACCACAACCGUGGCAGUCACGGACAACGCGCGCUCAGAUAAAUGAAGAAAAUGCGCACCAAGGUGGACUCAUGGCUCGUGUGUUAUAUCCAGUCUUGGCAGGUCGUAAGCUCGUAUGCACACGGGAGGCUGCAGAUCAUUUUCAUGAUGUUUUACGAACCGUUGGAACCGAGUCUGAGCGCGAACGCGGGAGAUUGUUGAUUCCCUGGAGUGGUACUGGUACACAAGAAUUGUCCUCUGACCUCAUUCGCGAGCGGUUUGAGAAACUCACUGUUCACCCGUUACCGUCCAAUGUUCAGAUUCCCGUGUCCGUCAUCGACGAGCUGUGGGAUAUGGACGCUAUAUCGGCUGCUAUAGCCAAAGGCGUGCUUCCCCAAGUGGCCCAAGAUGUGGCGUUGAGCAGUGGCUUCAAGAGCUCCAAGCUGUCUAUCUUUAUGUACGGUUGGGCCGCGGAAUUAACAACAUUGACGAGUAAUAAGGAAGUCCGAGGACAAAUACGGACUUGGCUCGAGGCAAAUCGUAAAAACGACGAAGAAAUGGGACCCCAGAUAUGGCGUCUAGAAGUUACGAGGAACCUGUUGGCAAAGGCAGCAAAGCCAAGGGUGGGGUGGCAAGAAGGAGAUGGUGCUGAUGCCGACGAAGCUGAUGAUGAAUGA